AUGGGUGCAUCAGGCUUAGCUUCAGCUUUAGCAAAUUGCAUUAAUCUCUCAAAUUUGACUCUUAAUCUUUUUUAAAAUAAAAUUGGUGAUGAAGUUACAUUAGGCUUAAGUUCUGCUUUAGCAAAUUGCAUUAAUCUCUCAAAUUUGACACUUGAUUUGAGUUACAAUAAAAUUGGUAAUGAAGGUACAUCAGGCUUAGGUUCUGCUUUAGCAAAUUGCACUAAUCUCUCAAAUUUAACACUUGACUUGAGUAACAAUUCAUUUGGUGCAAUUGGUACAUCAAGCUUAGGUUCUGCUUUAGUAAAUUGCAUUAAUCUCUCAAAUUUAACACUUGACUUGAGUAACAAUUCAAUUGGUGCAAUGGGUGCAUCCGACUUAGGUUCUGCUUUAGCAAAUUGCAUUAAUCUUUCAAAUUUGACACUUAACCUUUAUGAUAAUUAUAUUGGUGAUGUAGGGGCAUAAGGAUUAGGUUCUGCUUUAGCGAAUUGCAUUAAUAUCUCAAAUUUGGCUCUUUACUUGGUUUACAAUUAUAUUGGUGAUAAAGGUUUAUCAGGCUUAGGUUCUGCUUUAGCAAAUUUCAUUGAUCUCUCAAAUUUGACACUUGACUUGGGUUACAAUAAAUUUGGUGCAAUGGGCGCAUCAGGCUUAGGUUCUGCUUUAGCAGAUUGCAUUAAUCUCUCAAAUUUGACACUUCGUCUGAUGUAUAAGCAGUUUAUUUGUUUUGGAUUGUGAUAUUUUUAACUAUUAAAAUGAAUUUAAAACAAAAAAGCACGUUGAAUUUAUUUGUUAGUUUUUAUUUGAUUUUUUCUUUUUUUUCCACUAAUAUUAUUUAAUUUAUGAAUUUAAUAAAUAAUUUUUAAUUUAAAAGUUUAUUUUAUUUAAUAUUUAUUUAAGAUUAACACAAAUUUAUUAUAAAAGUUCAAACUAAAUUAAUUAAUCUUAAAACUUCAAAGUAAUAAACAAGUGUCUUAAAUCAAAAAGAUUAGUUGUCUUUAAAAAAGAAUUCUGAUGAUAAAAAAGUGGCAAAAAAAGGAUGAAUACAUAUUAAAUGUUUGAAUAACUGAAUAUUAUAUGUUUUAUUAUUUAAUAUUUUUUGAAAAAGUAUUUUUAACCUAAAAUAGAUAAAUAGAUAGAUAUAGAUAGA